AUGCGUUUGCUGGUGCAGGAGAAGUUGGGAUUUCUGACUGUCUUAGGUGGUGGACCCGCAACAGUUGAUGGAUUCUUUGCCAUCGCUGGCUGCGAAUCACCCACUGACCUUUCUGACCGGGGAUGCAACGGUAAGCACAGCUACUACCACGUCCACUUGGAGGGCUGGACUGCAGGGUACCCACAUAUUUGGAAUCAAAUUCAACAAGAAUAUCCUGACACUGCUCCACAGAACUUGGGCGGCAUGGGCUACUCUGGCUUGAGCGGUAUGUACAUUCCCAGAGAGGUGAUCGAAAGCGCCUAUGAUCAAGAGGGCAUGGUAUUGCAGUUCUACCGUGCCCACAACACUUCCAAGUCUAAUCCCUCCAAAUACUUCGAUGAUAUCAAUGCCUUGAAUGCUGAGACUCUGAAGACUUGCGGCGAGACACGCUUGAUGGACAGCCAGGCCAUGUCCGUCUAUGCUCGAGUCACCAAUGACUGGGAUGGUGUGGACAACAGUUCUGGCACUUUGGUGGGAAAGUGCUUUUUAGGGUACUUCUGGUUUGCGCCCUCCUGCCGGGCAAAUCCCCUGGAGUGCUACACAUACAUCACUGCAGGCCCGGGUUACGGAUAUGAGCACACGAUGCAAAAAGCCACGUGGUACAACAUGCCCAUGGCGGUUGCAGUGGCCAAGCUUUGGAGCGAUUACACCACGCUGCCCAUGCAGGUCAAAUCUUCAUUCUAUUGGUGGCAGCCCGAUCCCACCUUUCUGUCAUGGGGCAGGCUGGAUGCAAGUCGGAUUUUGUUCCCGCCUCAAGACCGCUCAGCGCAGCGUCGCGGAAUCUAUUUGACCAGCGAUGAAGAUGUACCAAUCGAGAAAUAUGCCAGCAUUGAUUUGCAGGCACUGGCACCCACCGUGUACAAGUUGUUGAAGGCGCUCAAUAUCGAUAUGAUCGUCGUCAACAAACUAAUGUCAGAUCGCAUGGAUACAGGUGAUUCUGCCGAAGAUGUCGCGUGUCGAUGGUUGAAAGCAAAUCAGGACAUUUGGGAAAGCUGGAUGCCCGAUGAAACGAAGUGCUUUCCUCAGUUUGGUCUCUACAACGAGCACACUCAACAGUUUGUGGAAGAUCGCACAGAUCCUGCUGGUUUGACUUGUCGGGCAUGUGAUUCUGGCUUCUAUUCGAAUCGUAUCAAAGAUGGCCGUGGAAUUACCCAUGUGUGUAUGCCUUGCGCUCCGGGAACCACGCAGCCUUCGGGUGCUUCUUUACAAUGCGACCCCUGCCCGACCGGGGAGUAUCAAGACGAGUUCGGAAGCACGAGCUGCAAGCGCUGUGGCCAAGGCAAAUAUCAAGAUACGAAGGGACAAAGUCAAUGCAAGGUAUGCCCUGUCUCCACAACAACACUGGGUUUGGGAUCUGCAUCUGUCUUGGAAUGUGGCUGUGAAGCAGGGAGUAUCAACAUCGCCAAUGAAGGUCAAGAGGCGGUCUGCACUCGCUGCAUCGAAGGCUUGUCUUGUCCUUUCUCCUCGUCUUUGGAUGCAUUGAAGACAGGUGAAGCGCCACUAGGUGAACAUUACCAACCAGCUUUGAAAGAAGGUUUCUACAGCUUCAUGGACUCUCCCUUGGAGGUCUUUCAAUGCAUUGAGAAAACGUUCUGUCCUGGAGGGAUACCGCAAGUCUGCAAUGGAGGACGCUUAGGAACUAUUUGUGCAGAAUGCCCUCCAGGAGAAACUUGGGCUUCCGACCAGUGCAUGGCGUGCGAUGGCUUGACGACAUUCCUGUGGUGGUCGGCCACAGCGCUGUUAUUGGUCGCAUGCACAGGUUCCUACUAUGUGUUAGAACCAAAAUUCCAAGCCAUUGCAACAGCCAGACAGGCCUUGGAUAUGUCCCUGGGUUUGUCCUUUACAUGGCUGCAGACAGUGGCGAUUAUUGGACUGAUGACCGUGGAAUGGCCCUCCAGCGUGUCCGGCCCAAUAUCUUUCGGGAAGUUCUUGGUCCUUGAUCUGGACACUUUCUCCUUCUCAUGCUUUGGUGGCGAACGGGCCCUGCUCCGCUACAUUCUCAAAGUGUUGAUCUUCCCCAUGGCCAUUGCAUGGAUGAUUGCGAUCUAUUUCCUUUCAAAAUGUUUGCCCAGAGCCUGGCAGUGGAAGACGGCCCAGAGUGUCAACACAAUUGGUGUCAUCAUGCAGGCAAGCUUUGCUACGAUGAGCACAAUUGCAUUAGAAAGCAUGAUGUGCUAUGUACACCCGAAUGGUUCUUACAGUUUGGUGAAGUUUUCCAGCGUUACCUGUGGUGGGUCAGAACAAAUGGGUAUGAUUGUUGCAGGCGUGUUCUUGCUCUUCGUCUUCGUCAUUGGUUUCUUGGUGGUUGUUACCUGUGCCACCAUUGCCUUACCCUCUUGGAGUGCCAGGCAGAUGAAGAGCCGGAUUCAGUGUUUCAACUUCCUAAUCAAGCGAUUUCGCUUGGACAAGUGGUGGUUUGGAAUUCCGUUGAUCCUUCGUGGCCCAUUGAUGUCCUUAGUGGUGACGUGUGCUACAGAUUAUCCGGCCGUGCAAGUCUGUAUGAAUUCUCUGAUCCUGAGCAUCUACACUGCGAUCCAGGCAACAGCCCGACCAUGGAAAGUGCCACUGCUGAAUUGGAUGGACCUGUUCACUUCGAUCUUGCUCGUCCAGAUAACACUGAUGUCUGGGCUCGGUAUCCGCAGUGAAACACAGGGCUUCUCCAACAUCUACUCAGCUUCCUUGCUGCUUUUGCUCGUCUGUGCCAUCGUUGUGAUGUGCUCUGCUGUGGCUGUUGCGUUGGUCUUCGAAUUUUUCGGACAGGAGGCAAAGGAUUCGAGCAUUUUGCGUGUGCUUGAAAGUUGCAGUGACGGUUUGGGCGCAAAGCUUUUGGUAAUAGCACAUGGCCUAUCAGAUAAGGAGCUGAAGUUGCAACAGGCACUGGACACAAUGAACAGCCACGACUUGAGCCACCUCGAGACCUGCCUUGACUUGAUCGGAAGUGAGUUGCUGUCGGAUACUGGCAUGAAAAGGGGCGGAAUGCGACUGCAUUCCAGCAGCUUGAGCAGGAUUGAGAUCAGCCAAGUCGCCACUAAGCUUCCAGCAGAAAUCGUGACAGCUGGCCCCUCUGACCGUCAUGACCCAGUUGAUUCAAACCAGGAUAUUGCUCCAGGAACGCUGAAACUAGAGGAUAUCCUGACGGGUGUGGACAAUUCCGAACCGAUUGACCUCAAAGUUCUGAUAAGGGCAGACUUGUAACUGUUAAACAGCUGCAGGGCUCCUGGCUGGCUGAGAUUCAGAAUCAAGAUCCGAUCUGUCCAGCGACUCAUGCUUCAGGCAACGGGGUUCAGAACCUCACCUGAUCAACC